CCUCAUUGAGCGUUGGCGGCUGAAGCCUUACAGUAUUAUAGAAGCGGCCAAAGUGAUCACUUCUCCAUUAAAUUCUAGUGCUGAUAAAACUAAGUGUUUAAUUGUAAAUUGUUUGUUUGUUGUUUAUUGUUGUUUUUUUUUUUUUAUUGAAAACAAGUGAAAAUGCCAAUUGUUCAAACCGUACUUGGAGCGAUCGAACCCAAUCUAUUGGGUCGUACGCUUACCCAUGAGCAUCUUGCGUUGGAUUUUGAAGGUUUCUAUUGUGAACCACCAGAGGACUUCAAGCCAUUUCUAAAGCAAAAAAUCAGUCUUGAGACCGUGGGCUACGUGCGUCAGUAUCCCUAUUCAUCGCACGAGAAUAUCCACUUCCACGACGAGGAAGCACACGAAGCGGUCAAGAGAGACAUACAAUUGUAUAAGAAAUACGGCGGUGGCUCGAUUGUGGAGAACAGCUCGCAUGGACUGAAACGCAAUCUCGAACAUAUGGUCGAUGUAGCGAAGAGUACGGGGGUGCAUAUAAUUGCCGGCACCGGACACUAUGUGCAUAAUUUGCAGGAGAAGGAUAAUUUGAGUUUGACCGUGGAGCAAUUGACCGAUUUGUAUUCGAGAGAAAUCAUUACUGGUGUUGAGGUAGAGGGUGUGGGCAUGGUCAAAUGCGGUUAUAUUGGUGAAGUGGGCAGUGUUUAUCCACUACAUGAUUUCGAGAAGCGCGCCAUACGUGCCACCGGUGAGAUACAGGAAGUGCUCGGUUGUGGCGUUUCUUUCCAUCCUGGACGCGAUGCAGAGGCGCCAUUCGAAAUAAUGCGGCUCUAUUUGGAGGCCGGUGGACGUGCUGACAAGGCCAUCAUGUCGCAUGUGGAUCGCACCCUCUUGGACAUCGAUCAAGUGCUUGAGUUCGCCAAGCUGGGCAGCUACAUUCAAUACGAUCUCUUCGGUACUGAGUGCUCAUUCUAUCAGCUGAAUCCCACUGUUGACAUGCCUUCAGAUGGUCAGCGAAUUUCGAAUGUGCUAAAAUUGCUGGAGGAGGGUUUGGUGAAUAGAGUUUUGUUGUCACAUGACAUUCAUACGAAACAUCGUUUGACUUCCUAUGGCGGUCAUGGUUACCACCACGUUUAUAUGAAUAUUCUGCCACGCAUGUUUGCCAAAGGUGUUUCAGUUGAGGAUGUAGAGCAGAUAACUGUUACGAACCCAGCUAAUUGGUUGCAAUUUAAUAUUUAGAUUGUAGCUGACUUGAGGAGAAAUAUUCUUAAUUCGAUUAAAACUUAAACUAAAAGAAUUUGAAUAGUUUUUAUUCGUCAUAUUAUGUUUUUUUUUGCAUUUCAAUUGUCUCAUAAUUUUCUUAUAAAAGUUAUUCUUAUAAAAUUAUAUUUAUUGUAUUUUAAUUAAAGUUGUUGUAAAAUAUCA